AUGGCAAACUCAUCCUUCAUGGAAGGUGUGCAUCUUCCUCUUAGGUCGAUUAGCUUGCCCUCAAGAUUACCUUCAAGCUCUCUCAAAAUCGUAGCCGAAUUGUCCAAGUUCAAAUCCCCGGAUUGCUCUUCGUCGUCCCUUAGAGCUGAAACCAUCCGAGCGAACAUGGUGAGGCUCGCCGAGCUGUACGUCGGAUUCGAGGAGCUCAUCACCGCUCCCCUCACCCAACAAGCUAUUCUUCGAGACCGAAACGGUAGAGCGAUGCAGGAGGCGCUCGAUGAGUCGGUUACGGCGUUGGACGCUUGCGGGUUCGCGAGAGACUUGAUGGCGAGGACGAAAGAUGAAAUCCAAGAUCUACGGUCCGCGAUCCGGAGGAAGGGCGGGAUAAAUUCGAGCAUCGAAAUACAUGCUCAGAGUUUCAUGAGUUUCCGAAAGAACGCCAAGAAGGAUGUAGCCAAAUAUCUAGGUCUGUUUAAGACCCUGGAAAGCAAAAACCCUAAUAACUCAUCGAAGUUUCUAAAUUUGGAUGACCAUCUAGUCAUGGCGGUCGAAGUCUUGAAAGAAUUGAACCUCGUGACCAUUUCAAUCUUGAAGUCCCUCUUGAUCUUCGCCUCUUUGACGAAGAGCAACACGAGGACCCGCGGCUGGCCAUUGGUUUCAAGGUUGAUGCUGCUCUCAAGCGAGAAAGGCGGGAAGAAAGUCUUCAACGAAGUGGAGAGCGUGGACCGUGCUGUGAGCUCCAUCCAUGGGCAAGCGACUCGGAAAGCCGACGGUGGGUCCGACGCUCUGGAGGCGGCGCGAGAGCAACUCGAGAUACUCGAGCGUUGCGUGGAAGGUUUCGAAGACGGACUCGAUCAACUCUACAAAUGCUUGAUUGGAAAUCGGGUGUCUAUUCUCAAUGCAUCGACUGCACCUUGA